AUGGUUCGCAAAGAGUUGGACGUGACUGAGCAAAUUUCAUUUGAGGGACUUUACCGAAUGAGGACAUCCGUAUUUGUGCUGGCACCUUGCAGAAAAAGUCUGUUUACUGAAAUACAACACAAAAAGAAAGACAGAAUGGGCACCCCUGGGAAAGUUAUUAAACGUAAAGUGGCUGUGCUAUGGGAACAGAGGAAACCCUUUUCCAUUGAGGAGACACCAAAGGCGAAAGAAGUCCAUAUUAAGAUGUUGGCAAUGGGAAUCUGUCAAACAGAUAACCACGUGAUAAAAGGAGCAAUACUGUCUAAGUUUUCAGUGAUUGUGGGACAUGAAGCCACUGGGGUUGUAGACAGCAUUGGAGAAGGAGUCACUACCAUAAAAACAGAUGACAAAGUCAUUUCCCAAUUUCUGCCUCAGUGUAGAGAAUGCAAUACUUGUCGCUACACAUCUGGCAACCUUUGUAUAAGGGCAGACAUUACAGGUCAUGGAGUCCUGGCUGAUGGCACCACUAGAUUUGCGUGCAAGGGCAAGCCAGUCUAUCACUUCUUGAGCAGCAGUACACUCACUGAGUACAUGGUGGUGGGUGAAAUUUCCAUUGCUAAGAUUGAUGAUGCAGCUCCUCCUGAGAAAGUCUGUUUAAUUGGAUGUGGAUUUUCCACUGGAUAUGGGGCCACUAUUAAGAUUGGCAAGGUCACCCCUGGCUCAAUUUGUGUGGUCUUUGGCCUGGGAAGAGUUGGCCUUUCGGUCAUCAUGGGCUGUAAGUCAGCUGGUGCAUCCAGGAUCAUUGGGGUUGACCUCAACAAACACAAAUUUCAAAAGGCCAUGGCUGUAGGAGAUACUGUGAUCAGCUCCAAGGAUUUCACCAUCAGUGAGGGGCUGUCGGAAAUGACAGGGGACACUAUGGGCUACAGUUUUGAAGUUAUUGGGCAUCCUGAAACUCUGAUUGAUGCCUUAGUCUGCAACAUGAACUAUGUGGUCAAGGUGGAGGUAGGGGCUCCUCCAUCAGCCAAGAUGCUCAUCAACCCAAUGCUGCUCUUCACUGGAUGCACGUGGAAGGGAUGCAUUUUUGAAGACUGGAAAAGCAAAGAUCAUGUUCCAAAACUGGUGAAUGAUUUCCUGGAAAAGAAAUUUGACCUGGACCAAUUGAUAACACAUAUUUACGUCUUUAAAAAAAUCAAUGAAGGAUUUGAACUGCUCAACUCAGGACAAAGUCUGGGAGCGAGUGACGAGAAUGAAGACAGAACACGAAAUCUGAUGCAACGGGUCAGGGGACCUGCAGCCUCUACUGGACUGAGCUUCUGCCAGAAGCGAGUAGAACUGCACGCAGCUCUCAAGACUGAGGUCAUUGACCCUGCCUCAGCUGCUCCAAAUGCUCCUCCUCUGCCAACAGGUGCAACUCCAAAAGUCUCUCCUUUGUUGGAACCUAAUGAAAAUUAUGCUAAUUUUUUCGCUAGAUUAGAAACUGCUAUUUCCUAUACUGUAAUCGGAGAAGAAACCAAGAAACAGCUAGAGAAAUUACUUGCUUAUGAGAAUGCAAACCAGGAAUGUCAAAGAGCUAUUGCUGCACUUGUUAUAAAAUGGACAGAUAUAAGAUCAAUCAUAUCCACUAAUGACUCAACACAUAUGCCCCUUCCUUGGAACUUAAAGGGGCCCUCUUAUCCUGAAGAAGAAAAACUAAUUAAUAUCUCUCUAGGUUAUGAAGUCCUUCCUUUGUGUAUGGGCCCAACAGAAUUACGCAUAAACAUUAGCCAACAAACUUGGGCUUUUGCCCUGCCUCUAAAAGAGGACUUUCAGAUGCUGCUUCGAUUAUUUACUGCCCUUUCUUUGUCCGUGAAUCAUGUUUAUACUACUGAAACUUUAGAGAAAGAAUUAAAGAAAGAACAAAGAACCCUACGCAAAGGGUUUACUAAUAAGAACUUUAAAUAUAAUCCUGUUCAUUGGGGCAAAUGUCAGGCCAAAUCAGGGCAAUUAAUGUUUGUGGCUAAUCAUGCAAUUGUCAAUUGGGGACCCCAUGGUAUGUGGUUAUCUAGCUGCUCAGAUGAUAUUAACAGCACUAUGUGUGAUUAUGCUACUCAAGUACCAUGGGAGGUUACUAAUACUACAAUGGAGCAUUACCAUGACAGAGGACUUCUUGGGUGGCUUGACAGUGGAAUGGCCCCCCUCAUCCUCGAAUCGUCCUUGAUAAACAGAUUGGGCCUGAACAAUGGGACAUCUGGAAACUUGCUGUGA